UUAAUUCACAACGAAUUGGCAUGCAUUAAACAUCUACGACGUAACAAAUUGAACAGAAGACGCGCGAUAGUUAAGGGCACAAAGUCAAGACAAAGUGCAAGUGGGCGAAUGUCGCCGCCUACAUAUCGAUAUUUGAGACGAACACACGAGCGAUUCCAGCAUAAGAUAUGGAGGAGAAACGCAUAGCGGAUUACUUUGUGAUUGCGGGAAUGCCCGAGCAGCCACAGCUGCUCCAGGAGAAUAUAUUCAAUGACUCGGGCCGUCUGCGUGCGGCCAAUACAAUUGAGCCCAUCACAGACAUUGGCGUCUUCUUUCCGCUCCUGGGCGAACAGAUUCCCGAUGGCUAUGAGCUGUUGGAGCACACGCCCACUGGACUGCCAGCAAAUCUCAAUCAUGGCUCCGUCCGCACCACUGAAUGCUACAUAUACUUUCGACGCGGCAAGGAUCGACCGCCGCUAGUGGACAUCGGUGUGCUCUAUGAUGGCCACGAACGCAUCAUGUCGGAUGCGGAAAUAGUGGCCGAAACGCCCGGCGGCCGUGUGGCCAAUGUGAACAACUCGUCGGCGAAAACAUUUCUCACAUAUCGUCGAGCCCGUCCAGACAUGCCCUGCAACGAGCUGGUGGUCACCGAACUCUGCGUGAUCGUCCAGAGCAAAGGGGAACGACCGCCGCACGCCUUCUGUCUCAUUUACAAGACGCUGAACAAGGGCUAUGUGGGCAGCGAUGUAUAUCUGUGCUACAAGAAGUCCAUGUACCGUCCCAAGCACAUUAGCUACAAGCCGGAAAUACUGCUGCGCUAUCCCACCGUCGAUCACACGGACUUUCCGCUCAACCUCUGUCCGAGCGUGCCCCUCUUCUGCCUGCCCAUGGGUGCCAGCCUGGAGGCCUGGCCCCACGUCAAUGGCACCGAGAAGCGGAAACCCAUCAGCCCUGUGUUCAGCACAUUUGUACUAACUGUGAGCGAUGGCACCUACAAGGUGUACGGCUCAGCGCUCACCUUCUACGAGGACUACGAUGAAUCGCUGCUGUCCGCGGAGCAGCGCGAGCUGCUCGGCUGGGAUGAGGAGUUUGCGUCGCAGCACUCGCUCCACAUGAUCAAGGCCAUCUGCCUGCUCUCGCACCAUCCGUUUGGCGACACAUUUGACAAGUGGCUGAAAUAUUUACACCGCAUGGUCGUGUAUGGUGUCAAUAUACCGAUACCCGUGGAGCGUUACAUUAUCCAGCUGCUGGACGAGGUGCCCUUCCCGGCGCCCAGCAUACAUCUGCAGCUGUCGAGUGAGUCGAACGAUCGAAUUCUGCUCACGCAGCCAGAGGACUCACCACUGCCGCGCAGCGGCGCCGGCUUCCACAUGCUGCUCCAGAAUCUGGGCACCGACAACUGCCUGCACGUGCUCCUCCUGGCGCUCACCGAACAAAAGAUACUCAUACACUCGCUCAGGCCCGCAACUCUGACUGCCGUCGCUGAGGCGAUUGUCUCGCUACUCUUUCCGUUCAAGUGGCAAUGCCCCUAUAUACCGUUGUGCCCGCUGGGCUUGGCCGAAGUGCUGCAUGCGCCUUUGCCUUAUUUGAUUGGCGUCGACUCGCGUUUCUUCGAUCUGUACGAGCCGCCCACGGAUGUGACCUGCAUUGAUCUGGACACCAACAACAUCAGCCUGUGUGACUCCCAGCGCCAUUUGACGCCCAAGCUGCUGCCAAAGCGCGCGGCUCGACUGCUGCGACAGACGCUCACCGAGCUGGAGAACGCGAAGCCCAUCAGCUACGACUCGACCAACAGCUUGGAUCGGGACAUACGCAAGCGCAAGCGUGAGCUGGUGCUGGAGCAGCGCAUCCAAGAGGCGUUUCUGCUCUUCAUGGCGUGCAUUUUGCGGGGCUAUCGUGACUAUCUGGUGCCAAUUUCCAAGGCACCCUCUGUGGGCGCCACGGAUCCGAGUGCCUUAUUUCAGCUGAAAGCUUUUCUGCGCUCCCGGGACAAGUCGCACCAGAAAUUCUUUGAGCUGCUGAUGAAAACUCAGAUGUUCAUCCGGUUCAUCGAGGAGCGCAGCUUUGUCUCCGACGGAGAUCACGGCCUGAGCUUCUUCGACGAGUGCGCCGAGAAGGUGACGGGCUACGACGAGACGCCCGGGCAGCUGCGCCUGGUUGACUGGGACACGGGCCAGAGCAGCGAGCGCACCAAGUACAUCUUUCCGCCGGACAAUGUGUCCGUGGCGUCCGGCGGCGCCUCCAGCUACGUGUACAAGAACUUCACGCUGAGGCCGGAGCUGCUGCAAAGCACCAAGAAGACGGCGCUGUCGCAGUUCCUGCAGCUGCAGCUGAACGCCUCGCUGUCGCCCGGCUCGCCGAUCGCACGGCGCACCAAGCACGAGGUGAAGCUGUCGCAGAAGAUGGCCAGCCGCUGCCAGCAGCAUCCGGAGGCGUGGUCCAAGUACCUGCUGGCCACCUGCUACUCGCUGUACUUUCUGAUUCUGCCGUCCAUGGUGAUGGACACGCGGCACGCGGGCAAGGAGCACGACAUCCUGCGGGCCGCCUACGACGUCCUGGUGCGCGCCAGCAAGCUGAAGAUCACCUGCGACGAGUUCUGCUACCGCAUCAUGAUGCAGCUCUGCGGCAUACACAAUCUGCCGGUGCUGGCGGUGCGCCUGCACUACCUGAUGAAGCGCUCGGGCGUCCAGCCGAACGCGCUCACCUACGGCUUCUACAAUCGCUGCGUGCUCGAGUCGCAGUGGCCCAGCGACAGCACCACGCUCAGCCAGAUCCGCUGGAACCGCAUCAAGAACGUGGUCAUGGGCGCCGCGCAGUUUCGACGCGCCGGCAAGCGUCGAGCCGCCGCCAAGGUGUGCAAGUCCCUCAGCUCCUCGCACGACCACAACCUGAGCACCCUGGAGAUGGUGGACGGCCAGUCGCGCAGCAGUCUGGCCAGCUCCGGCGAGGGCGGCGGCGGCGCCGGCGGCGGGGGCCUGCUCGACUUUGCCGCCUUCGACAGGCUGCGCAACAAGCUGGGCAGCAUUGUGCGCCAGACGGUGGCGGGCGGCACGGCGGACGCGCUGCCCACCGAGGACGUGGUCAACAGCGCCGGGCUGCUCAUCAGCGGCGAGUCGGCGGCCAACAGCGCCAACGGCAGCACGCCCCUUACGCCCACCUACGGCGGCGACGCGCAGCUGCUGAACAAGCCGCGCAAGCAGAUCAUGAGCAUCGGCGAUGGCGAGGACGACGACGAGGACGAGGACCAACAGGCCGAGCACGCGGAGCUGUCGGCGCCGCAGACGCCGCAGAAGGGCAAGGAGUUUGCUGGCGGCGACUACGACCUGGACGUGGAUGUGGAUGUCGAUGUGGAUGUGGACGUGGAUGUCGAUGUGGAUGUGGACGAGGAGCAGGAGCAGGAUGAGCUUGACGAGCAUGUGGGCGCACAUCAGGCCAGGCAGCGUGUGCAGAGCCCCACCAAAAUUUCGCCACGUACCCCCGUCACCCAGAACGAUCCGCUGGGCGCCUUGAACGAAGAGGACGCCACGCCCACACAGCAGCCGGAGGCACAGCCAGAGCUGGCAGCAACAACGGCCGCCAACAGCAACAUGUACAGCGACAAGCCGAUCCUGUUCAGGGGCCAGCGCAGCGCCACCUUCGACGAGUCCACGCAGAUCGGGAAGAGCAUGCACCGGUCCGAGACGAUGCCCGUGGCCAGCAGCGGCGUCACCCACAGCCUGGCCAACAUCGGCUCCUCGCUCAAGUUCACAUUCGGACGUUAUUCACCCGCACGAUUGUCCCUUAAGAAAGACUUGAAAUUGCCCGCCAAUAUUAUAGAAAAUAUAUCAAGUAUAAGCCCCAGCCUGACGAGCAAGAAGUCCAACGAGCUCAUCCAGGGCAGCCUGAGCAGCAUUAAGUAUGCGGCCAACUCGCUGACGCGCAAGUUCGAUGAGAUCAAGGGCGCGAUAUCGGCCAACUCGACGCCGGUGAAGACGAACAAUGGGUACCAGCAUGGCCAUCACCAUCACCACCACCACCAUCACCACCAUCUGCAGCACCAUCACCAUCACCAUCCCCAUCAGCAGGAGGCGUUUGCGGGCGGCGAGGACCAUGACGCCGCUGGCGGUGCCGACGAGGGCAAGUUGAGGCGUGUCUCGAGCGACCUGGAUCCGUGGGGCCGGCUCAGCGAGUCGCGCAAGUCGAGCUACAACAAUCUGGUGCCCCUGGGCGAGAACAGCUCCAAUGCGGCAUUGCAUCUGCACUCGCUGCCCGUGCUGCCCGACAAUCUCUACAGCACCCCGACGGAGAGCAACGGCGAUCCUGAGUGCGAUGUCCUGAUACAGCUGACGACCUGCUCGCAGUGCCACAACUGCUCGGUGCUGGUCUACGACGAGGAGAUCAUGAGCGGCUGGUCGGCGGAGGACUCCAACUUGAACACCACGUGCCAUGCGUGCAACAAGCUGACCGUGCCCUUCCUCAGCGUACAGAUCACGCGGCUCGCAUCCGCCGCCGACGCCGAGAGCAACGGCGAGCGCGUGGCUGCGGACAAGAGCAGCCUGACGGUGCCAUAUCUGAAUCCGCUGGUGCUGCGCAAGGAGCUGGAGAACAUACUCACCCAGGAGGGCGACCUGUCGCUCAUCAAGCCCACGUUCGUCGAGGAGCAUCCGAUCAUCUACUGGAAUCUGCUGUGGCUCAUGGAGCGCAUCGAGGGCAAGACCCACCUGCCCGAGCUGUGUCUGCCCCCAACGAGCGAUGAGGAGCAGCUGGAUCCACUGACCAAGGUCAAGACCGUACACAUACAGUGCCUAUGGGACAACCUAAGCUUGCACAGCGAGACCAGCGGAUCGCCCAUGUACAUUCUCUAUCGGCAGACGCAGCCGGCCAGUCCGUUGAUAAAGGCGCUGCUGACCGAUCAGGCGCAGCUCAGCAUGAAUGUCAUUCAGCAAAUCCUUUCGGCGAUUCGCUGCAACGACUUGGCAACGCCGCUGAAGCGCCUGGCCAACGAACGGCACAAGCUGAAGAGCAGCGGCGUGGAGCGUUCGCAUUCGUUCUACCGGGACAUACUCUUUCUGGCGCUGACGGCCAUCGGCCGGGCCAACGUCGACAUGGCCACAUUCCAUCGCGAAUAUGCGGCCGUGUUCGACAAGCUGACGGAGCGCGAGUGCAAUAUGUAUUAUCGCAACCAGGAUCUGCCGCCAUCGGCCUCCACGAUCUUCUGUCGGGCGUACUUCAAGCCGCUGCUGCUGCCCUGACGUGCGGCCGACGCUGUGGACGGUGCGGACGGUGCGGACGGCGAGCAACGGCUGG